CAGCCAGUGAAAACCACAUGGAUCAAAAUGGUCUGAUCUGCAACCAAUCAUGUGGUGGAUGCAGGACCUAGCAGCAUUUCUGUCUGUUGUGCAUGGAGUCGCCAUGAGUCAGGGAUGACUCAACAGCAGCUAACAACAGCAGCAGAGUCACUCUACCUCCAAGCAUGUCUCAUGGCAGAAUGGAGGACUUUACUGAAGGUACACCUUUGGACACGGGGCCCCGCUAUUUCUUUGACCAGUUGAAACCUGAAAGAAAAACGUGGAUAAAGAGAAAAUGUGAAGACCAUGUCUCCCGUUGGAGAAACACCUCAAGAGCAAAGUAUUGUCAUAAAAAGAAGAUAGAAUCCAAAAGACUAGAAGUAAGACUAUCAACUGUAUCUGAUGAGGAAGAAGAGUUUCACUCACUUGGCACCUUACAAUCUUCUAAUGUUCUCAAGUUUUCUAUGGCCCUUCAAGUCUCUAAAAAAUAUCAGCAAAAGCACAUAUUAGAAGAAUACAAACUCAUUUCUUCUAAAAUUCUGUCUGAACUUGGGAAGAUGUUGCAGAAAUAUGCUGAGUGUAACAUGACCCUCCCUGUGGGAAUUGCCAAUCUUAUAAAUUAUAGCUGGGAAGAGCUUACUGAAGGGGCUUAUAAUAAGAAAUAUACAUCCAAAAAUCUACUGUUGAAGCAAGACAAAGCCUUGCAAAGAGAUUCAAAGUCUAUGACUGUAGCUGACUUAAAAGGCUACACAAUCACCAGCUAUUCAAGAGAAGAAUGUCAUAAGGAAAAUCAUCUGGUUAUAGCAGAAAAAGAACAUGUUGCAUUGAGUAAAUCUCUGGAAAAAUUAUCCUUUGUCAACCAAAACCACUGCUUCCAUGAGAGCAGUUUACCUCUUGUCAUCCACUUCUCACUGUCAUCUAAGACCUGUUUAGAAGACGGUUGGAUCUUUCCAUAUCCUUACUCAAAAUCGGAAACUCUGAAAUGGAAGACAGUCCUCAGCAGUGCUGUAAAGAAACUACAAGUAGCCAUAAUUCAAAGAAAACAGGAAGAAGCUAAGCUAAAAAAAGAGGGAUUCACCAAACAACUUAUCCUCCGCCACUAUAACGACCCCAGAGAUGAACUGGAGGUUGGCAAGGAUGGCCACAUGUCCCGGUGUUUCUGGUUUGAGCUGCUGAAGGGGAAGCCUCAGAUGCCACAGGUCAAAAAGGAUGACCCUAUGAUGAAAAAAUUUCAUUAUGCUUUGGUGGACGGUUCUUCUCUGACCUAAUAUCCUGAUGAAAUUCCUAAGGGGAGAGGAGGAUGGAGGAGGCAGUGUGUAAUGAAAGGGAAUGACAGAUGGGGCAUUUCCAUUUCAGCAGAAGAUCCCAGGAAGUACUGGGGACGUCUGACGACUUGAGUUUAUUCAAUCCCUUUUUCCAUAUUCCUUCACUCUGGGGGCGGAAGAAGUCAACUCGGGAAAGGGGUUGGGGCAAGAUCUCCAAUUUUACAUGUCUAACGUCUAUUUGAGGAAACCUCUGGUUGUAGCCAAUAAUUUUGUUACAUACUUGAGGGCCCAUGUGUUUCUGAAAAAAUGAGUUCUCCUUGAUUUAUUUUCCUGAUUAUUAGAGAGAACCACUGGGGCUUUAGCAUCCACGGAAUCUAGCUAAGGGAGGAGAAGGAUUUUGUAAUAAGUUCCUAAAAGUUCAAAAUGAAAAAGUCUCAAGAAUCCGACAGAGUCAGUGCUGUAGAGUGGUUACAGAUAGAUUUUAUGAAAUAGUUCACAUACCCGUAGUUAUUCCUCAA